AUGAAGCAGGGGCUAGCUCCUGCAGUUUCCAGGCCACCACAAGAGGAUCAACAACAGCUCGAUGAAUUGUUCGAACGCGCUCGCGAGUCAUCAAAAAAGUUGACGCGAAACGCGGCUGCUCAACGUUCGCGAAGCAGCCAAGGCAAUCGAAAGCCGGAACGGAGCCUCCGUCGCUUCGGCAACACUCCCAAGAAAGAUGGUCGUAUCGGAGUCCAAAGAACGCUGACGAAGCAGGAUACGAAGCAGCUGCCCAGGAGACACUCGCGUGUGGACGCAGCAUCGCCAGUUUCACGAACGCGAUCAGCGCGAACCGAGGAAGGCUAUCGAGUCUUUAGCCUGGAGGAGCUGGCCACGGAUCAACCGGAAGGUCUGAACGGUCCGUGUCCCUUUGACUGUAACUGUUGUUUCUACUGA